GCUAGCCUCAUACGCACGAUAGUUUCUCAAUAACCACACAGUUAAGUUGGGCUUGUCCAGUUCCGAUUCAUGGUGGACAUGGUUACUAUAAAGAUCAAUAAAAAAGUUGGAGUUUCCUUUUCGCCUGUUUAAGUCCACUUUGUUCGUGGCACUCUUGCUAAUGCAGCGACUGUUGGAGUUUGAAAUGCUGUGGUUUGUGUUUAUCUAGCUAGUGUUUAUUUCACGUGUACUUGGAAUACAUCGAGGUUUUAAAAAUGAAUAGCUUGGCUUUUGAAGAUCCUUCACUGGAUAACUUGGAUGCAACGCUGUCGCUAAACGACCCAAGCGACAUCGACACAGCCCUUCUAAAUGACAUCGAUGACAUGCUGCAGCUUAUCAACAACCAGGACAUGGAGUUCCCUGGGUUGUUCGACACCCCUCCCUACUCUGGUCCUCCCGGCAUACAGGACCUCCCUCUCCUCACCCCAUCUGUGGCUCUAGCACCACCGCCUCCGACCACUUCCACCGCCAGCCUCCAGCUCUCCUCCUCUCCCACCUCCUCCUCCUCAUCGUCUUCGUCGUCCUCCAUCCUGAGCAGCAGCCCACACCUGGACGCCCUGCUGGGGCCUCCCAUCACCCGUAGCACCUCCAGUCCCGACAAGGCCUUCCAGCCACACACCUUCCAGCAGUCUCCGCUAGCCCAGGUGACCAGCUCCAGCCACAGGCAGCAGCAGCAGCAGCAGCAGCAGCAGCAGCCGCCGCCGCCCACCUCCCCGCAGCAGGCUCAGGGGCCCAUGCAGCCCAAAGUGGAGCAGCCCCAACCCGCUUUAAGUCCUGUGGCGUUGUCGCUUUCUUCGCCGAUUGGCACUCUGAAACAGAGCCCAUCAUUGAGCUUGACGCCCCAAGCCCUGUUUAAUUCGCCAACAUCCCUGCAGAAGCAGUCCCCGUCCCAGGUGCAGCCUCUAAUACAAGCCCAGGCUCUGUCCCCUCAGGCCCGAAUCUCCUACAGCAACCAGAACGGCUAUAUAACGGUGACUCAGGCAGGGGUCAGCCAGUCGGUGCAGACCCCGUCAUCCUCAAAUGCUAUGGUCCAACCGAUGACCAUCCAAACUUCCAUCCACGGGCUGACCACAACCUCCUCUCUCUUGAGCACUUCGGGGAGCACCACGGUCCAGGCCAUCGCACCCCAUGUACAGCAGGUUCCUGUGAGUGUGCUGCUGCAGCCCCAGUUCAUUAAGGCAGAGUCUCUGCUGCUGACCACACUGAAGCAUGACCCCUGCAUCGUCACCACCGUGUCCUCGCCCACCUCCCUGGGCACCACCUCCGCCACCGUGCAGAGCACCUCGCUCCAGGCCCUGAUGAGCGGGGGCACCAUUCUGACUACGAUGCCCAUCAUGAUGGAUGGCGAGAAGCUGCCCAUCAACCGCAUCACCAUCAACAGCAAGCCCAUGGGCCUGCCGCACAAGGGGGAGAAGCGCACGGCGCACAACGCCAUCGAGAAGCGCUACCGCUCCUCCAUCAAUGACAAGAUCCUAGAGCUGAAGGACCUGGUGGCCGGGACUGAGGCCAAGCUCAACAAGUCUGCUGUACUCAAAAAAGCGAUAGAAUAUAUUCGCUACAUACAGCAAACUAACCAGAAGCUCAAACAGGAAAACAUUUCUCUCAAAAUGGCCGCCCAGAAAAACAAGUCUCUUAAAGACAUUGUUGCCAUGGAAGUGGAUGGCCCCGAGGUGAAAAGCGAGCUGCCCACCCCUCCAGCCUCAGACGUGGGGUCUCCCACCUCCUUCUCCCACUGUAGCAGUGAUUCUGAACCUGAAAGCCCGAUGGGGGAGGAAACCAAGCCCCUCAACGGUGCCCUGGACGCCUCUUCUGCGGGCGGCGGGGUGGGAGGCAUGCUGGACCGCUCUCGCAUGGCUCUGUGUGCCUUCACCUUCCUCUUCCUCUCCCUCAACCCCCUGGCAGCGUUGCUCUGUGGCUCGACCGGAGCUGGCGAUGGUGUUGGGGACAACGGCGAUGCCUCUCCCCACAGCACCGGGAGGAACAUGCUUGGGCUGACAGCUGCUUCUUGGGGUGUGAUGGACUGGAUGCUGCCGACGCUGCUGGUGUGGUUGUUAAACGGUGUGCUAGUGGCGGUGGUCCUGGUCAGACUGCUGGUGUACGGUGAGCCCGUCACCAGACCCCACUCUGGCUCCUCCGUCCUGUUCUGGAGACACCGCAAGCAAGCUGAUCUGGACCUGGCUCGGGGAGACUUCGCCCAGGCCAGUCAGAACCUGUGGACCUGCCUGAAGGCCCUGGGCCGCCCCCUGCCCACCUCCCAGCUGGACCUAGCCUGUGCGUCCCUGUGGGCCCUGCUUCGCCUCUGCCUCCAGCGCAUCUGGGUGGGCCGGUGGUUGGCUGCCAAGGCUGGGGGCCUGCGCUCCGACCGCCCCCUGCAGGAGGACGCACGCAAGAGCAGCCGGGACGCCGCGCUGGUCUACCACCGCCUCCAUCAGCUGCACAUGACUGGUAAGCUGAACGGCAGCCACCUGUCAGCCAUCCACAAGGCCCUGAGUGCGGUGAACCUGGCGGAGUGCGCCGGGUCGUGCCUGCCUGUGGUGACCUUGGCCGAGGUGUACGUCUCUGCAGCCCUGAGGGUCAAAGCCUCCUUGCCCCGGUUCCUCCACUUCACCUCGCGUGUGUUCCUGAGCAGCGCACGGCAGGCGUGUCUGUCGGCCAGUGGCAGCGUGCCCCCCGCCAUGCAGUGGCUCUGUCACCCGCUGGGACACCGCUUCUUUGUGGACGGGGACUGGGCCGUGCGCAGCACCCCAAAGGAGAGCAUCUACAGCCAGGCCGGCAACACCGUGGACCCCCUGGCGCAGGUAACCCAGGCCUUUCGGGAGCAUCUGCUGGAGAAAGCUCUGUACUGCGUGGCCCAGCCACACGGGGAGAAGAACCAGAUCCAGGGAGAGGGGGAAUAUGCCGAUGCGUUGGAGUAUCUUCAGCUGUUGACCAGCGCCUCGGAUGCCGCUGGCGCCACCACCCAGUCCUUCGCCAUUGGCUCCAACAUGGCCACGGUCACCGGCUGCGACCCGCACUCCAAGUGGUGGUCCUCGGUUGCCGUGGUGAUCAUCAACUGGCUCCAAGGGGACGAUGCGGCAGCAGAGCGGCUGUAUCCAGCUGUGGAACAUCUGCCCCGCAGCCUCCAGACCGCCGAGUAAUCUGUUGCCCAGGCGUCUCUGAACACGUUCCGGGCGGUGCGGGCGCUGCUGUCCAGGCCAGAGAACUGUCUGCUGAGUCUGAGCCAUGCCGACAAGGCCAGCGCCCUGCUGCGCGACAGCCUUAACCUGGGACCCCACUGCCACAGCUCCAGCCUCGACAAGGUACGUCUCACACACACACACA